CAGCUGAUAUGGAGCAAAUUGUUGCACGCUUUUUUAAGAAACAAAUGUUUACAUCUUUUAUGCAUUAUUUUUCUUGUUUAUAAAUAUACGUAAAUUCGGGACACUAAAGUGCGGCACAAUGUCUAUAGAAUACGCAAAUCUUUGCUCUGUGAUCGUGAAGCAAGUUUUCGGUGAGACUGUCCAGGCCGUGGCUGAUUGUUUAUUCUGUGCGGUUUCACGCACGUUGCCGGCAAUUGCGAAAACAACAAAGCUGUCUCGCAAAGAGGUAUCCAUGGCUUUGGCGGUGCUCAUUAAAUAUCAAUUGGUAGUAUUUUUGCCCUGCGAAUCGAACACAUUUUUGGCUGAGUAUGCGCUAAAACGCGAAGAAAUUUUUUACAUAUUGCGCUAUCCAGGUUACGUACAAUUAAUACAUACUAAAUAUGGCACAGUUGGCGCUGCUAUAGCUGAGGAACUAUUACAUACCGGCCCCCAAACAGCUACCAAUAUAUUACUCAAAUGCAUUGCAAGCUCUGAAACGAAGGAAAAAAUAGAGUCCUAUCGCGACAACUUUUUGGCUAUGUUAAGCGAUAAUUACCUUAUUCGUUUGCCACAACUGGUACCGGGUGAGGAAGAUCCGGUGCCUAAAUUGCAAAUCGAAGCCUACCAAUAUUUUGCACCCCCAGAAAUAAAUUUACAGUUUAUAGCGCAGGUGCAGGCAGGCAAAGAAAAAGUAGAGCAAGCUGCAGAUGCAGGUAUUUAUUGGCACAUCAAUUUCAGUCGUUUUCACCAGGAUUUUCGGGAUUCGUUAAUGAUUGGCGCUAUUGACCGCAAACUAGGUGCCAGCGCUAGCGAAUGCUUCAAAUAUAUGCUGAAGCAAAUGUAUGAGCGAACAGAUCCGUGGCAAAAGGAAUGCUCAAAUCCAUUCACUUUGGCCGAAAUAAAACAAAUGAUUGAGAAGAAGUCAAACAAUUUGGAUUUAAUAAAGCAUUUAGAUCAAUACGUUUCGCUACUAGCUGAUGAUCCAUUAGGAUUUAUACGGAAAAUUGGUGAAAUGGGCGGUGGACAGUAUGUGGUGGAUCUAAGUAAGGCCUUUGAAGAGUUGACGCUUACCUGGUUUGGCCGUGUGAUUACAGAACGAUAUGGAUCAAAGGCUUCACGUAUUUUCCGCAUAAUACACAUGAAAAAAUUCAUAGAGCAGGAAGACUUGCAAAAAGAAGCAAUGAUACCAGCACGAGAGGCAAAACUGUUAUCGUAUUACCUAUUUCAGGAUCAAUUUAUACAAAUGAAAACAAUCAGAAAAGCAGGCGGUGGUGGGAUGGGACCAGCCAAAGCAUAUUUUUUGUUCCACUUCAAGCCCAAACAGAGCGUCCGCAUGAUAUUAAACGUUUGCUACAAAGCUUUAUACAAUACGAUCGAACGCUCUAAUUUUGAAAAGUCUGAACAUAAGAGAUUAAUUGAAAAGUCGCAAAAGUUGGACAGCAUUGUUGCGACAAUGAAAGAGCGUGGUGAAUCUGCGGAAUAUAUAGAAGAAAUACUGGAGACUUUGACGCCACCGGAAAGAGAAAUUCUGGAAAAAGUGAAAUCUCGAAUCAAGACACUUUCAAAAGCGGAACUCACUAUAGAUAGUAGCAUAUUUUUGUUACAAAUGUAUUUAUAUCACUCAAAAGGAUCGACGGUGUUUCCGAGUAAAGACAAAAAAUAAAUACAA